AUGGCUACCAUCAUGACCAUGGAAUUUCCCUCGUCCGACGAGGAGGACGAUAACUACGACGUCGAGGCGGAGCUGCAGAAGGAGCUGGAGGACGGAGAGCUGUCCGAUGAAGUAAAGGAGGAGCUGCAGGAGGAUGGCAAGGACCUAGUGAGCAGUCUAGGGAAGGCGAAGAGAAACAAAAGGAAAAAUGAAAAAAAUCCAAAGUUGAUUAAAAGCAUUAUAAAAAAUUCAAUCAUAAAGGAAAAAAUUGAAAAAACUUACCACGACAUUAAUAGGGAGUAUGAACAGCUGUACAAACACGAAAAGUCAGUUAGCGAUGAAGACUUCCUCUUGCAAUUCCACAAGAAGUAUCCUCAGGAGGAGAAAAACUACAACACCAAGCAGAAGUUGCACGACCAUUUGAACAAGUAUUCGCCGGCAUUUGGUGGAAAUGAAACAUCCCCCGAGAUGGACAUAAAGGCAUUCAAAGAGAAGUGCCGCAACAAAGAGUACAAUAGCGACAUCUCAAGUGUGGUGAAAAAUGCCCUGGAAAAUUUUUACGAAAAUAAUUCUGUACAGGUAGAAAAAAAAUAUAUGUACGCAGGAAAAGUAUACACGGUCCAAAAAAAAAUCGACAAAACUUCCUCCUCUUAUAAACGCUACCUCAAAAUGAAGGACAAAAUGAACAUAGGAGGAAAUUUUGCAAAUAUUGAUCAGCUUAUUCAGAACAUACAAGAAAAUAAACAGAUCAACACAGUCGAUAAGUCCACUGAAGAUUGGGUCUAUUAUAAAAUGGCCAAUGCCAUUGAUGAGGAAAAGUUAAAGGCAGGGCAAAAUUAUUUGGAAAAUAAAAUUUUCAGCGAAAAUGUGGAACGGAAGGUGUACGAGAAUAAUAUUAAGAAGCGGGCCCCUUGA